AUGCGCAAAGUCCAAAUUGAGCAAGUUUUGUUGAAAGACACUUCUGUUACUUAUCUUCCCAGAAAUUUUGUUCUUAGCCCUAAACUUCAGGAAUUGGUUGUCCGCAGAUGUCCACUAGUGUCUCCACCCAUUGAAGUGUGUGAACGAGGCAUCAGUUCUAUAAGAAAAUAUUUGGAUGAGCUGGAAAGGGAUGGUGGAGUACGACGUGGCAGAAUAAAGAUUCUAGUGAUGGGAAUUACAAAGGCAGGAAAAACAAGCCUCGUUGAAGCACUGGAGAGUGGUAACCCAUUUCUGGCAGAACUCGACGAGAGAACUGUAGGUGUGGAAGAAACAACCAUGAAGCUGGAUGAUAAAAUAGAAUGCAAAUUGCUUGACUGCGGUGGCCAUAAAGCAUACAUGCUCACCAACCAACUUAUGGUAAGCGACAAUUCGUUGGCACUGAUUGUGGUUGACGGCAGUUUGUACCAGUUUACUGCACAAUGUUUUCGUUGCAAUAUUGGAGAUUUCCUGCAAACUUUGUACGAGAGAAACAGCAGAGCUCACGUUGCUGUUGUGGUCAGUAAAGUCGAUCUGAUGGUCGACAUGUCAAGAGAAGAAAUGAGUAGAAAGUGGAAUGAACAUCUACACACUCGUCUACGUCAAUUCCUGGAGAUCAGACAAGUUCAGAUGAAGAGAAUGGCAGCAACCAUUGCAGCCGGUGAUUCUCAUGAAAACAAAUUCGUGUCGGAACGUCUUCAAUUUCUUGAAUCCCAACAAAUAACUGUCGAAGAAAAGGUAAUACUGACAAGUGCCGCCACACAUGAAGGCGUGGUCAGUCUGAAGGAUCGUUUGAGACAAUUGUGUGGAGAUGAACGUUUACUGCCUUCACUGCACACAGACUUGCCAUCAUCAUGGGUGACUGUAGAAGACAAGUUGGUUAUACCACAACCUCACACGUCUGUCCCCAUUACAGAUGUCUCUUAUGCAAUGCAAGUGUGUGCACAACACGGCCUGACAGAAGAAAGGUGUCUUGAGUUACUAAUCUACCUGAACAAGGUUGGAAGCAUUUUGUAUUACUCGUAUCAAAAGACUUUAUCACAAGUUCUAUUUCCUGUUCCACCAUUUGUGGUCAAUGUACUGAAGGCUGUUUUCAGACACGAUCAUCAUCUUUUAGAAUAUGACUAUCGCUUUAUUGGAGCAGGCAUAGAGCCCAACCAAUUUGCAGAAUUGAUGUCUGACCUUGUUUAUAACGGCAUUGCGAGGGUGUCUAUGCUGCUAGCGUUGUGGAGUAAGUUCCACCUUACUGCAGAUGGUCAUGUGGACGUGUUUAUUAAGCUUUUUCUUGCUCUUGACCUUGCUUAUCUCACUGGCUCAUCAGAUGUUGUAGUUCAGGAACUGUCAGACACUCUUGGUAGACAGGAGAUUACAUCAACUGUGUCAAUGUCUACAGACACCAUCAGCACGACAUCGGAAUCAUCUAAGCAAGCAAAUCAAACAGACAGUUGCAAAAAACUGAUUUGCAAGCUAAAACAACAUAAUGUUGGCUUGUUGUUGCCAUGGUUACUGAAUGACGAAGAACCGGAUGAUGUGAGUCAACUUUGGUGUGCAGAUGUAGCAGAUGGAGUGAUGCAAGUUGUGGUCAAAUAUUCAUUUGCAUAUAAUUGUCCUUUGGGUCUAUUUGAACGACUGUCUGCUCGUUGUCAUCGUCAUCAUCCUAAUUAUAUUCGUCACUGGAGCAGUGGACUGCUGAUGUGUUAUGGUGCGGUGAGUUUGCUGUUUCGUUGCAGCAAGAAUACUUCACCUGGCUUUCUACGUCUCAGUGCUAGAGUAGUCAAGUCACAUCACAGUGUUGGCAGAUUGUGGCAUGUUCUUCUGCGUUGUGUGUCAGAUGUAGAGGAUCUUCUCCAGUCUGUUCCUGGUGUUCUUUUUGGUCGAUCCAUCUGCAGUGAGAAUUUCUGCACCACAAGUAUACGUUCUCUUCCCAAUCAACAUAGACAUGUCAUUCAACCUAAGCAUGUCAUGCCAAAUGAGAAGUGGGGAUCAUUUGCUGUAGAAACUGUAGCUGGAUGUUACAGUGGAGAGAUUUUAGAUCAUGUAGAAGGAAUGAAACAAGUGUGUCCAAGUGUAAAGGAAGGAAUUCCUCUGUCUCAAGUUGUUUCACCAGCAAGUGGUGCUUUAGUGAGUCGAAGGAAGCUUGAACGAAUAGCAGCAGAUAUAGGAAAGUGGUGGCCUAAACUAACAAGUAUUAUUGGUACUGACCAGUCUACAGUGUCGGAGCUGCGUGAACACUACUCUGAUCCUACUUUUGCCCCAGCAGCAGCAUCUCGUAUAUUAAGUGAGUGGCAAAAAUUAAGAAACAAUCAAUUGCAAGUAUGUGAAUUGUAUGAUGCUCUACUUGUUGCUGACAUUCCAUCUUUACCACAACGGCAUUUGAGUGAUGUCAUGUCACCCGAUGCAGCAUCUGGAUUAGCAAAAUCUAAAGAGACAGCUGCACGUGGUGAGACAAGUCGAGCUGACUCUGAGAUGGUCACUCCACUCAUCAUAGAGAAAGUAGCCGAAAAUGGUUCAGAGCGUUGGCAUGAAAUUGGUAUAUACCUUGGAGUUUCACGUUCAGUGCUGACUGAAUGUGACCAACCUCUGUACACAUUGAAAGAAAAAUUACGUAAAGUUUUGUCAGCUUGGAGAGAUGAGAACAGAGAAGCUACAGUUGGUCAGUUGUUGUCUGCUUGUGAUGAAGUUAACAUAGGAGGAGCAGUGAGAAGAAGAUUAGACAGUGAUACACAAUACUAAAUAUUUUAUUUUAUUUUAUUUAUUGUAUAAGUAGUUUUUUGUUUAAUGAACGUGAUAUCAUAAAAUAAAGUUGAAGUUGUGAAACA